AUGUCUUCCUCCAAGUCCAAAUCCGCCCCCCUCAUCUCCUCCAAGCCCGUCUCCUCCUCCGAUGACGACUCCGAGCUGGAGCUUGACUCGGUCCUAGAGCAAGAACAGGCGCAAGAUCAAGAUCAAGCCCAGGAACAAGACUCCGUCUCACUGCCCGACUCGCCACUGCUCGUUCCGGCCGAAACGCAGCCGAAAUGGCUUCGUCACCCGCGAUGGUUCCGUCUCGACCGGAGCAGCCGGUGGACGUGGACGCACUGGUGGCGCCGCAUUCUCACCUCAUUUGCUGACUUGGUGCGCCCUCGCCGGAGCUGGCGGUACGCAGUCGUCGUGCUCGUGUCGGCAUAUGCCUUGCUGUGUCUCGCCCGUGGCGUGCCGCUGCUUGCCUCGCCGCUGCCGGCCUACUCGGGCCCCUACCAUGUCGGCGCCGUGGACGUCGAGAUUGCGCUCGACAGCCCGCGGCGGGUGUCCGAGACGGUCUUCAAGGACGGUGGCCGGCCGGCGUUUGAGCACAAGACGACGCUCUUCACCGUCUACUAUCCCGUCGACAAGGAUGCGAGGGAGCACCGCCGCAGACACGACUGGAUUGCGAGGCCGAUUGGCCUGACGGCGGCCGGCUAUGCAAAGAUCAUCCACGCCAACAACUUCAUCGUCCGACCCAUAUUCACCUUUGCGCUGUGGAUGAUUGCGGGCGGCAUCACGAUUCCCGCAAAGGUCGAUGUGCCGCUGCUUGGGGCCCCAGACGCCGAGCCGUUCCCGGUCAUGGUCUUUUCUCACGGCGACGCCAGUUCGAGGACCGACUACACCCACUUCGUCGGCGAGCUGGCCAGCCGUGGGUACGUCGUCGCAGCCGUUGAGCACCGAGACGGGAGCUGUCCCGGGACUCUCAUGAGAAUCAAGGGACAGGACGACCUGCAGCUCCUUGCCUUUAAGGAGGCAGAGCUCUUGUCCGAUCCUCCCAUGGACACGGCCCGAUACAAGCACGAGCAGCUUGCCUUCCGAGACGCCGAGAUCCUCGACACAGUCAACAUCCUGCGCGCCAUCAACAGUGGCAAAGGCGACGACAUCUUCAGCCGUAACUCCCGCUCCGAAGGCUCCCACCUGCGCGACUGGGCUGGUCGCCUCGACUUUGGCAAUCUCGCUAUUGCAGGCCACUCGUUUGGUGCCACCGGCGCACUUCAAGCCCUCAAACACGCACCCUCAGAUAUCAAUCCUGCCGUUGGCGGCAUCAUCUUUGACCCUGGCAAGUCCAGUGGCCCGCUCAACGCCGUCAUCGACGUUCCCCUCCUCAUCGUCCACUCAAACACCUGGUCCAAGCAAACCAGCGUCUUCUACGGCCGCCCGCACUUUGACACCGUCAAGGACCUCGCCCUCAGCGUGCUCAAGCGCAUCCCCAGCCACUCGUCGUGGUUCCUCACCAGCAUCGGCACCUCACACCCCAGCGUCUCCGAUGCGCCCCUGAUCGAGCCCCUGCUGCUCAGCUGGACCACCGGCGCGGCGCUCAACACCAGGGAGGCCCUGAGGGAGUACGUCCGUGUGGCCGACGACUUUUGGCACUUUUUGCGGACGUCGCGCGGCGCAAACUCUUCGCGGGCGCAGCUUGAACUCGUGCACAGGGGCGAGAUGAGGGGCGUCCUGGCGGAAAAGGUUACGCAUGAGCAGUAUGGCUCUUGGGUUAGUCAGGAGCGUAAAGACGAAUUUCCGAAGGACAUGGCGCGGCUGUGGGAGGUUCAUGUCAGCCCUGUGUCCUAUGACGACGAUGACGACAAAUAAUGAUGAUGAUAAAUUCUUGAUGUUCGCCUCUUGAGGGUUCUUUCGGCUCGAUUUGCCUAGAGAGAUUCCUACGACUACUUACUUACCCCUUUAAUAACCCCAUUAAAGCAUGGGGACCCGAUGGGUUCUUCAAAGACGGCUUGUAUAAUACUUUGGUUUCCUGAAAUAGAUGAAUAAUAAUAUAAUAAUGACCCGUAACAGAUAC